UCUUAAUCUUAGUUUUAAGUAAAAGUAGAGCAUAGCUCUAAAAUAAAUAAAAUUUUUUUCUUUAAGUUCUAAGAAAGAAAAUUAACUGGCGUCGUCUGCAGGAUUGAAGCCACCAAAGUAUUGGGCGAAAACAUGGCGGCGCAGUGGAAAAGUUGGAGCAGGCAAUAUUCGUGGUUUGCAACGGCAAUACAGCUGUCGGAGAAGUCAGCGGAGGUGCAGGUGGCAACAUUCAUGAGCACUAUUGGAGAAGAUUGCGUGCGUAUUUACGACACUUUUGGCCUAACUCAAGAAGAAGAAUUUGACGUGGAAGUGAUCAAAAAAAAGUUUGAAGAAUAUUUUACUCCUAAAUCGUGCAUUACAUUCGAGCGGUACAACUUCAAUCAAAUCACUCAACGCGAGGACGAGCAAUUUGACAGUUUUGUUACCCGAGUAAAAGAGCAGGCGAAAAAAUGCUCAUUCAAUGUUCUUCACGACUCACUUGUUAAAGACCGGAUCAUAAUUGGAGUGAAAUACACAAAUUUAGUGCCACAGUUAUUGAACGAUGAAUUGACAUUGCAGAGGACUAUCGAGUUGUGCCGUAAUUUCGAGCUGACGGCAAUGCAAAGCAAGGCGUUAUCAGGUGAAACAAAAGUAGACACGGUGAAAACGGUAAAAAAAAAAUUUAGUGGUGGCCGAUCGGAAAUAAAACGAGAAGUUUUUCAGUGCAACAAAUGCGGAAGGAAACACGCUACACAAUCGAGUCCGGCAUUCGGUAAAGAAUGUCGCAAAUGCAGACUGCUAAAUCAUUUUGCUGCGAUGUGCAAGUCGAAAAAUGUAGUGCAUACGGUUACAGAAUCCGCGGAAAGUGAUGCAGAAGUUGAAGAAGAAGAGCUGUUCAUUGGUUCAGUGGAGAGCUCGAAGAACGACGCUGAUUGGUUUGAAAUGGUGAAAGUAAACAACAAGAUGUUUUCAGUGAAACUCGAUUCAGGCGCGCAUUGUAACGUAGUACCGUUGUGGCUAGUGAAACAACUGGCGGUUACGUUACGGCCUUCUAAAACGAAGUGGCUAAUUUCUUUCUCGAACCACAGAAUGAAAGUGCUUGGUGAGAUUGAACCGUUGUGCAGCAUAAAGAACAAGACAAGGAACAUCACGUUUAAGGUGGUGGAAGAAUCAGUAGUGCCAGUGCUCGGAAAAGACACUUGUAUUGCCCAACGGCUGAUAGCGCGAGUAGACACGGUGAAAAUUUCGGACAAUAUGGUGUAUGAUGGACUCGGUUGCCUAAAAAAUUACGUGUACGAUUGUAGCAUGGUACACAAAUUCAGAUAUGCCGGCCCCUUGAUUCUGCAAAGCUUUGGAACUGCUUCUUUUGGGCAACUAUCCACAAGAGGCAUUUGUAGGGUUCCAUUGAGUGCUCAGACGUCGAUAGAACUGGGAUGA